GGUGAAGAAGACUGAACAGUCCUCAGAUUUGCGGUAACAAUUGUAGGGAUCCCACCUGAGUUAAAGGGUUAAAUUCAAGAACCUUGUUUUGUUUUGGGGCCUAUAAAUAGACAAGGUUUGGUUAUGGCAGAUGAGUGUGCUGCUUUUGUGAAGGGAACUGAAUUGCCAGUGAAGAGGCCAAGAGAGGAAGAAGCAGAAACAGAGAUGGAGGCAGCCAAUAACAGCAACAACAACAAUGGUUGCAGCACCAAUGAGAAAGAGGAGUCAUCUCCUUAUAUCUCUUCUGUUUUACCUGGAUGGUUCUCUGAGAUUAGCCCCCUUUGGCCUGGGGAAGCACACUCUUUGAAGGUUGAGAAGAUAUUGUUUCAGGGGAAGUCUGAUUACCAGAAUGUCUUGGUUUUUCAGUCAUCAACUUAUGGAAAGGUGCUUGUUUUGGAUGGUGUGAUCCAACUUACCGAGAGGGAUGAGUGUGCUUAUCAAGAGAUGAUCACUCAUCUUCCUCUUUGUUCAAUUCCCAACCCCAAAAAGGUGCUGGUUAUUGGAGGAGGAGAUGGUGGUGUCCUGCGUGAGGUAUCCCGUCACUCUUCUGUCGAACAGAUCGACAUAUGUGAGAUUGACAAAAUGGUAGUUGAGGUUGCUAAACAAUUUUUCCCAGAUGUAGCUGUAGGAUAUGAGGAUCCACGUGUGAAUCUCCACAUUGGUGAUGGAGUUGCAUUUUUGAAAAAUGUUCCUGCCGGAACUUAUGAUGCUGUCAUAGUGGAUUCAUCUGACCCUAUUGGUCCAGCACAGGAGUUGUUCGAAAUGCCUUUCUUUGAAUCUAUAGCAAAGGCUCUUCGUCCUGGAGGGGUUGUAGCUACACAGGCUGAGAGCAUAUGGCUUCACAUGCACAUAAUUGAAGAAAUUGUUGCUAAUUGUCGCCAGAUCUUCAAAGGCUCAGUCAACUAUGCAUGGACUACUGUUCCUACUUAUCCAAGUGGCAUGAUUGGUUUCAUGCUCUGCUCUACUGAGGGACCUGCAGUUGAUUUCAAGAACCCUAUUAACCCCAUCGACGAUGAAAGCCCUGUCAAGACCAUUGAACCUUUGAAGUUCUACAACUCUGAGAUUCACCAAGCAUCAUUCUGUUUGCCAUCAUUCGCCAAGAGGGUGAUCGAAACCAAAGGAAAAUGAUGGGGCACAUUUUGAAGGAGUACUUAAUUAGUGUACAACGCCCUAUAAUUAUUAUUGCAAUCUUUUUAAAAUUAAAGACAAUGUUUUUAGGUUAUUUAAGCCAAAUGGAGUUGAAUGAUGGAAUAUAAUUUCCUUUGUGCUGGAUAAAGUUUUCAUCUU